AGCGAGAGGUGGGCGGGUCCACGCCUGCGCGCGACUGGCCCGUUACCCGGAGACGCGCGCCGGACGGAACCCGCGCCGCAGCCAAGCCGGGCCUCCAGGGUGGGAGCUGAGAGGACGGAGCGGAGCCCCGAGCGAUGCCCAGGAGGAAGAGGAAUGCUGAAAGUGGUUCGGAUGGGACAGAAGAUUCCGAUUUCUCUACAGACAUGGAGCAUACAGACAGCUCAGAAAGUGACGGUAACUCCCGGGGCCCAGCACGCAUCACUCGAUCCACAGCCAGACUAAGUCAAAGCUCUCAAGAUUCCAGCCCAGUAGGCAAUCUGCAAUCGUUUGGUGCAGAGGAGCCGGCCUACUCCACUCGGAGGGUGACCCGCAGCCAGCAGCAGCCCACCCCUGUGAGUCCGAAAAAAUACCCGCUCCGACAGACCCGCUCAUCGGGAUCAGAAACAGAGCAGGCGGUGGACUUUUGUGACAGAGAUGCUAAGAACCCAGGUGAUCACGAUGAGUCGCCACCUCGCACCCCGACUGGAAACGCCCCAUCAUCAGAAUCUGACAUUGAUAUUUCCAGUCCCAAUGUUUCUCAUGACGAAAGCAUAGCUAAGGAUAUGUCUCUCAAGGAUUCUGGAAGUGAUCUCUCUCACCGGCCAAAACGUAGGCGCUUCCAUGAAAGCUACAAUUUCAACAUGAAGUGUCCUACCCCUGGCUGCAACUCAUUAGGCCACCUAACUGGGAAGCACGAGCGGCACUUCUCAAUUUCCGGCUGCCCCCUGUACCAUAACCUGUCUGCUGAUGAGUGCAAGGUAAGAGCACAGAGCCGUGACAAACAGGUGGAAGACAGGAUGCUUUCCCACAGGCAGGAUGAAAAUAACAGGCAUGCCACAAGACACCAGGCACCCACAGAACGACAGCUGAGGUACAAAGAGAAAGUCACUGAACUCAGAAAGAAGAGGAACUCUGGUUUGACAAAAGAGCAGAAAGAGAAGUAUAUGGAACAUAGACAAACCUAUGGAAAUACAAGGGAGCCACUUCUAGAGAACUUGACAAGUGAAUAUGACCUGGAACUGUUCAGGAGGGCUCAAGCCAGAGCCUCAGAAGACCUGGAGAAACUGCGCCUGCAAGGCCAAAUCACAGAAGGAAGCAACAUGAUAAAAACAAUCAUUUUUGGCCGCUAUGAGCUUGACACGUGGUACCACUCUCCGUAUCCUGAGGAAUAUGCUCGUUUGGGGCGACUAUACAUGUGUGAAUUCUGUCUCAAAUACAUGAAGAGCCAAACCAUACUGCGAAGGCACAUGGCCAAAUGUGUAUGGAAACACCCACCGGGGGAUGAAAUCUAUCGUAAGGCAUCCAUUUCUGUAUUUGAAGUGGAUGGAAAGAAAAACAAGAUUUACUGCCAAAACCUGUGCCUUCUAGCAAAGCUUUUCUUAGACCACAAAACACUCUACUAUGACGUGGAGCCUUUCCUCUUCUACGUCAUGACGGAGGCAGACAACACUGGCUGCCAUCUUAUAGGCUACUUUUCCAAGGAGAAAAAUUCCUUUCUCAAUUAUAAUGUAUCUUGUAUCCUGACAAUGCCACAGUACAUGAGACAAGGUUACGGCAAGAUGCUGAUAGACUUCAGUUACUUGCUUUCAAAGGUUGAGGAGAAAGUUGGUUCUCCAGAGCGUCCUCUCUCUGACCUUGGGCUCAUUAGCUACCGCAGUUACUGGAAGGAGGUUCUCCUGCGCUACCUUCAUACCUUCCAAGGCAAGGAGAUUUCAAUCAAAGAGAUAAGCCAGGAGACAGCAGUGAAUCCAGUUGAUAUUGUUAGCACGCUGCAGGCUCUUCAGAUGCUGAAAUACUGGAAAGGGAAGCACCUUGUGUUAAAGAGACAGGACCUAAUUGAUGAAUGGGCAGCUAAAGAAGCCAAGCGAUCCAACAGCAAUAAGUCUAUGGACCCAAGCUGCUUAAAAUGGACACCUCCCAAAGGAACAUAAACACGGUUUUUGUCAUAGGCAACAGGCGUGCGGAGAGUAGCCUAUGACUUGUGUGUACUCUCAUCUGGGCCUGGAAAUUCCACCUUCCGCCACAUUUCAAGUGUUCGGACAUCUUUAUGACCGUGCUCAUUUUGUUCCUUGGGACAUUACACCUACUCAUUCCCUCUGGUAAACUGCACCAUAGAGGAUGCCCUCUGUCUGCAAAAUGAUCUUCUCCACUCCACACUCUGCCCCGUGGCAGCCACGUCUCCCAGUAGCUGUGUGACAUGCUGUAGUUGUAGUAACAUGCAAGGUUACGCAAACGCAUACUGCUGCCUAUGGUAACGGCUCCCUUGGCGGUAUCGAGGGGGAAACUGGAUUUUAAAUGUAUGGGGUUUUUCACCACCUGACCCUCUUUUGACUGCCACCGGGAUCUUAUUUCUUCCUGUGGCUUUAAGAGUAAAUGAAAUAAGGCUGUACAGUCUCCUUAUGGUUUUUGUUCUGUAUUUUGACCAUCUUACAAUUUUAAUUAAAAUGCAAAAACAGGGUUGUCA